CAUUAGAAUAACAAAGUUGCAAUAAACCUUCAAUAAGCCUUUUUGUCAUUUUUCAGUUCAUCUUUUAGUUACAAAAACCCAACGAAGUUCCUUCUGAAGCCCAAAAACCUCUUCUCGACACCAAAAUGGACGAAUCCCAAACAAACGCCGCUGCUGUGAGUCUUUAUCAUCAAAAAGAAUUCUACAUUGGGCUACUUUUGGCAGUCAGCAGCAGCAUUUUCAUCGGAAGCUCCUUCAUAAUCAAGAAAAAAGGCCUUCUGAGACUCAGUAAAAAAGGUUCUUUAAGAGCAAGUGCAGGCGGAUUCGGUUAUUUGAAGGAUUACGUUUGGUGGGCAGGGCUCAUUUCGAUGGGACUUGGAGAGGCUUUGAAUUUCACAGCAUACGCAUUUGCGCCCGCAUCGUUAGUCACUCCAUUAGGCGCAUUAUCAGUUAUUGUCGCUGCAAUUUUAUCAUCGCACUUUCUGAAUGAACGUUUGAACUUACUCGGCAAACUGGGAUGCUUUUUGUGCAUUAUCGGAUCGACAAUUAUCGUCAUUCAUUCGCCGAAAGAAGCAGAAGUCGAGAAUUUGGCGUUGUUAAAGGAAAAAUUAACAGAUACCUCGUUCAUCGUGUAUGUUGGAGUAAUUAUGACGCUCGCGCUGUUCAUGGCAAUUUACUGGGCGCCCAAAUAUGGACACAAAAAUGUAUCGAUUUACAUUAUUAUCUGCAGCGCAAUUGGAUCGCUCACAGUUAUGAGUUGCAAAGCACUUGGAUUGGCAUUUAGGGAGACAAUUAGCGGCGAAUCGAAUGACUUUGCGACAGCUUUUCCAUGGAUUUUGAUCAUUUUGACGGUAGUUUUCAUUGGAAUUCAGAUGACUUACCUGAAUAAGGCGUUGGAUAUCUUCAAUACAUCGAUCGUGACGCCGAUUUAUUACGUGAUAUUCACUUCUUUGGUCAUUGUUGCAUCGGGAAUUUUGUUCAAGGAAUGGACAAACAUGUCACCCGAAGACAUAAUCGGCGAUUUGUGUGGCUUUUUCGUCGUCAUUUGUGCCGUCAUCAUGCUCAACGGAUUCAAACAUCUUGAUGUCUCCAUGGAUGACGUUCGUGGCAUUAUGAGACCAAAACGCCGGAUGAUCGAACAAAACGAACGUGCGCCGCAUUCUUCUUCCAACUUUGAGGAUGUCUUGGUGCACCAAAAUACGUCGUCAUCUAAGCAAUAUGGCACGACAGAUGUACGGAACAUAUGACCGAUGAAGCAAUUGAAACAAAUCACUAAUUUUAAAUUGAAGUAAAAAAAAAACUUGAGGACUGAACAAAAACUUAUUAAAAUAAAUUAUAAAAAAAAAAUAUUUAUAAUAAAUUUUUUUCUAAAAGAAAAGAUUUUUUUUAAUUUUUUUGCAU